AUGAGCCUCAUCACCACCAUAGACGGCUUGCCCUACCACCAAUUCAACGUGCAGGACAAAAACGAGUUCACCCAGAUCUCCCAUCUCAUUUCCCAGCAUCUCUCAGAACCAUACUCUAUCUAUGUCUACUGGUACUUUCUCAAUACUUGGCCCCAGUACUGCUACACGGUCAAACACCCGCAGGACGCGUCUCUGAUUAUCGGUGUUAUCAUCUCCAAAAUUGAACCCCACAGAGACGUCCGAAUCAGAGGCUACAUAGGCAUGCUAGUCAUAGAUCCCGAAUUCAGAGGCAAAGGCAUAGCGUCCAAUUUGGUCAAACUCACAGUGCAAACAAUGAUAGAAAGAGAUGGAGCCGACGAGAUCAUGCUCGAGACAGAAGUCAUAAACGAAGGAGCCUUGCGGCUCUACGAGGGCUUGGGAUUCCUCAGAGCAAAGAGACUAUAUCGUUAUUACUUGAACACACACGAUGCAUACCGUUUAAUUCUCCCGAUAACUCCAAAGUCACACACAAGGAUUGCCUUCUUGCCGCCGGUGGCCCCUACAGGAUUGACCACUGACAACAGCAUAUGA